CGGAAGUGCCUCCCUGGAAGCGCUGCGACGAGUGAACGACUACGUUUACGGGGUCUCCCGGCGGCCCAGAGUCGUUCGGUUAUAGGCACUUCGGCAGCUACAAAAAAGUGUAAAGCGGUCCUUUUCUGGAGGAUAUCUCAGUCUCGUUGGGGAGACAAGGUCAACCUGGGGAGACUCGGAUUCACAGAAUGACUCAUCCUGAAUAUUGGUCACCACAGAGCACUGAAUAGAGUUCCCUGUGCUAUACAUGGCUUACAGAAGAGAUGAAAUGUGGUCUGAGGGACGAUAUGACUAUGAAAGACCUCCAAGAGAAAGAGUACCUCCUCGAAGUCACCCCAGUGAUGGCUACCGUAGAGUAGUUAAUAUUGUGCCAAAGAAACCACCACUGCUAGACAGACCUGGUGAAGGAAGCUACAGUAGAUAUUACAGUCAUGUUGGUUACCGAGAAUAUGACGAGGGCCGCAGUUUUUCUCAUGAUCGAAGAAGUGGUCCACCUCACAGAGGAGAUGACUCUGGCUAUCGGUGGACAAGAGAUGAUCAUUCUGCAAGCCGACAGCCUGAAUACAGGGGCAUGAGAGAUGGCUUUAGAAGAAAAAGUUUCUACUCUUCCCAUUAUGUGAGAGACCGGUCUCCUCAUAAAAGAGACACUUCUUUUUUCAGAGAAUCACCUGCAGGCCGAAAGGAUUCUCCACACAGCAGAUCUGGCUCCAGUGUCAGCAGUAGAAGUUACUCCCCAGAAAAAAGCAAAACUUACCCUUUCCAUCAGUCUCAACAUAGAAAGUCCGUGCGUGCUGGUGCCUCCUACAAACGGCAGAAUGAAGGAAAGCCAGAAAGAGGUAAAGAAAGACCUGUUCAGUCUUUGAAAACAUCAAGAGACACUUCACCCUCAAGUUCUUCAGCAGUUCCUUCAUCAAAGGUGUUAGAUAAACCCAGUCGGCUAACGGAAAAGGAACUUGCUGAGGCUGCAAGCAAGUGGGCUGCUGAAAAGCUAGAGAAGGCAGAUGAAAGUAACUUACCUGAAAUUUCUGAGUAUGAGGCGGGAUCCACGGCACCAUUGUUCAUUGACCAGCCAGAAGAACCUGAGACAAAUGCAACAGAUGGCAUAGAAUUAUUCGAAGACAGUCAGCUAACCAGUCGCUCUAAAGCAAUAGCCUCAAAAACCAAAGAGAUUGAACAGGUUUACCGACAAGACUGUGAAACUUUUGGGAUGGUUGUGAAAAUGCUGAUUGAAAAAGAUCCUUCAUUAGAAAAGUCUAUACAGUUUGCAUUGAGACAGAAUUUACAUGAAAUAGGUGAGCGGUGUGUUGAAGAACUCAAGCAUUUUAUUGCAGAGUAUGAUACCUCUAGUCAAGAUUUUGGAGAGCCUUUUUAGAUUACCUGCUCAGGCAAAAAAAAGGUUUCUAGAUUUUUCCCCCCCUGGAUUGUGUAAAUCCUUAAUAUAUGGAAUUUUUGUGAUGAAGAGAAAUACUUUAUGAUAGUGACCGUAUUUCCAAUAUCAAAUAAACAUCUAAAAUAGUCUAAGAUAUUUUAAUUAGAAUUUUUUUUAUCUACAUGUAGAGCUUCCUAAUCCAUACUUAUCUUUUUUUCCCUCCUAAAGUGAUGGGUCAGUUAAUUUUUCAAGCUUUCUUGAAAAUGCAGUCCUGGAGAGCAACUUUCUGCACUUACUCAUGUCCUGUAGUCUUCCUUAGUUAUGCGAUCAUUUGUUUGGUCACACUAGUGUAAUGUAUAGGUUAGAGACCAUUCCACUUAAACAUUUAUAGUCUUUUUGCAUUUCAUAGUCAGUGACACCAUGUGAAGAUGUUAGAAUCCUGAGGCGAUUUUAUUGACUUGUUGCUUGCUUAUCUUAGGCUUUGUAACUUUUAAUAUGUUUAAGUAUAUUACCCAAGUAAACUGAAUACUUUGUUAUCUUAGAGAAUAUUUGCUUUGAGGAUAAUUCUCAUUGUGAUAAAACAGAGCACUUAAAUCUCUAAAAGUCACCCCAUAAUAAAAUCCUGUUUUCCAAGUAAAUAAACUCAGUGUCUUCUAUUAAAAUGGUCCUGAAACUCCUGACUAGUCUCACUGAUGUGUGAGUUUUAAACAAUAUCAUAUAUAAGACUAAGAGAAGGGGCAAUUCAAGAUGAAAGAUGAGGCCUAUUUUAAAGUUGAGAUUUCUUUAAAACUUUCUAACCAGAAGAGAAAAAUUUACAAUAUGGGGGAGUAGUGGAGUUUCAUUUUUUCCAUAGGCCCAUAUUCCCCAUCUCAAGAAAGAAGGUGAUUGAUGACAUAUCCAUAAUUAAGCCAUUUACGGAUUAUGCCUUUGUUAAUCUCGGUUUGUAGUCUAACAGAUUGUUCUGCUGCCCUUUUUAGGGAUGCAUAGCCCUCUAAAAGUGUUCUUGAACGAAACAAAGCAGAGUAGGCUGUAAGCCUAGCACAACUACCCUUCACCAAGCAGCCUAUGUAAACAGUCCUUCAUGAGCGAGCCAUCCAAAUCACGGGUUAGUUAAGAAUCUAACUGGGACAAUUAGGAUAUUCCACUCAUUUCCUGAUCACUUCCAGCUGCCCAAUGGCAUUUAGCCAAAAUAUGUAAUUUCAUGGCAUGUGUUCGGAAACCUUUAAAAAUGUUUGUUAUUGCUACCCAAUUUCAUUAUCCUCCCAUCCUCUUUCCAUUUCCACUCUCUUCUCACUUGAAUUCUGGCAUUAUUUUUAGUGGCCUCUAUUGAUUAUAUCCAGAGAGCUACCCCAGAGUAGAUAAAAAUUAUAUUAAAAGUGAAAACAGCAGUGUAAAUAAUUGUAGUGGAUCCUGUAGUGCGUGCCUCAAAAUAUGUAUUAUGCCAUUCCACAAAUUAAAAAACUAAUUGAAGGCAACAAUUAUUAAGUUUCCUAUAUGAGACCACCUUGAAUUUAGAUAUUGUACAUAAGCCAGAACUAAACCCUGCGUAUCAUCUUUGCUAUUCUUCCCUAAUGUGAACAGUGGUUUUAUCUGUUAUCCACAUUAGAAAGACUAAGAAAGUAGUCUUGUCUCUCUCUUGUGCCAAUGUUUUUCUUCUUAAAUAUUCUAAUUCCAGGAUUCAUUUCCUUAAGUGAAUAUGUCACAAGUUUAAAAAUAAAACUUGAGACUCAACUACCUUGAGGCAAAGGAGUUGUUCACUUUGUUGAAAUUCAUUAAACUAGAGACGUUUUACUCACAGAUGCAUUUAAAUAUAGGUUCAACAGAUAAUUCCUUUUCCCCUUUCCCCAAAUUACAUUCAACAUUUAAAGCUAUUUAUAGCUUGCCAUCAGCAUUAUUCUGGUAGGCUUGUCAGUGUUAAAUCUGUUUUAUUUUUAAAGCUUUUUAAAGUCUUAUUUUAAGAUAGAUGAAUUCAGAUAGUGCCAGAGUAUGUAUGUUGCAAAAUGUUCUUGAUUAAAGAAAUUUGUUUGUAAAUGAUCCACUGUUUUUGAGUAUGCCCAAUUCCUGUGAUAAAGGUUUCACUGUCUUACCAUUAAGCCUUGAUGAUCAACAGGGGAAGAGCAGAUAUUGUGAAGCUUUUUGUGAAUUUUAAAAGUGCAAAAUAAAGCAACUGGGUUUAAAUAAUUA